GUCAGAAGUCACGAAGAUUUAAAAAUAACAUACCAUGUGGGAUUUUGACUUUCAAAGAACGUGUGAGAACUGAAAUGUAAAAAAGAAAGAAUUCGCAUUCAUUGAUAUUGAAUUCCUACCAUGGAUUACGUGGUUGGAAGUGUUGCAGCAUUAAUAUCAGGAAACGUGACGCCAAGUCGUCCUAAAAUAGUGAAAAGGGCUCUUACACCAACGAAACAUCCACAAUCUCCUAACGUUACUCCGAAGAGUGAACUUGUAGACGAUAGAUCUAUUUUCCUGUCACCAUCUGUUCAGAAAAAGAAAGCUAUUGUUAAGAAAUCGCCGAAAAGAAUCUUUCAAAAUCCAGACGUUGACACCACAUUGAAUGAAAGCAACAAUAGUUUGACCAGCCCAGUUGUAGACAAAGUUAAAAAGCAUUUAAACGAACAAUUAGAGACAGAAGAUACCCAGACGGUAAAUAUGACUAAGGCUAUGUCACCGAAAAAUAAACAUAAUAAAUUAAAAGAAUCUGUCACACCGGCAAAGGAAUCUGAAGAGAUUAAAGUUGAUAACGUACAACAAACCGAUGGAAAUACACUAAAGAAGAAAAAGCGCAAAUCUAUCCAAACUGAACCCACAGUCGAUUCUAAACAAGAUGCAGAAAAUGUAAGUGAUAGUAUAAAUCAAGAAGAUUCAAAUAAAAAGUCUCCAAUGAAAAGAAAGCGAUCUAAAUCAACACAUGAGGAAACGAUUGAAGAAGAUAAAGAGAAUCUGAAAGUGACUGAAAACAGUGACAAGGCUGAUGAAAUUGAAAAAAACUCUGACAACACCACUUCUAAAAAGAAGAAGAAAAACAAAAACAAAAAGAAGAAACUAAAUAACAAUCAUGAAGAACAAGAAUCAAUUACAUCGGAAGUUAACAAACCGGACACUGAAAAUAAUGACACAGGCGCAAAGAAAUUGAAAUCCAAGAAGAAAUCGAAAAAAAACAAUCAAGCAGAUACAAAUCAAGAAGAGGAAGUGAAAGUAAAUCCAAAUGCAAUAACAAGCCAAGAGACUGAUUCCGAACAUGAAUCUGACGAUGAUAUACAGUCUGAGGAUGAAAAUAAGGAAGCCCUUGAAGUUGCUCCGGAAGAAAGCUCAGAUGAAGAAGAAGACGCCACAACAAAUAAAAAAGAAAAUCAGAAGGCAAAAUCUGAUGAACCUAAAGAAAAACAUGCAGUCACAGAGGAUGAAAUCAAAAGGACACUGUUUGUUGGCAAUGUGCCAUUCAGCAAGAAGUGUAAGAAGGAGGUGAAGAAGCUGUUCAGUAAAUAUGGUGACAUUGAAACUGUUAGAAUUCGUACAGUACCAGUGAAAGACGCAACCGUGACGCCCAAACUAGCUGUGAUAAAAAAUGAGUUGCAUCCAGAAAGGACCACCGUUAAUGUGUAUAUAAAGUACAAACAUGCCGAUUCAGUUGAUCAGGCACUAUCAGCUAACAACACAUUGAUGAACGAGCACCAUUUGCGAGUAUCCAGGAGUGACACCAGCGGCUCAGCGCACGACCCCAAGUGCUCGGUGUUUGUCGGCAACAUUCCCUUUGCCCUAGAGGACGAAGCGCUAAGGGCGAAGUUCCAAGGUUGCGGGGAGAUCGAGUCGGUCAGGAUUGUGAGGGACAGGAAGACUAAUGCGGGGAAAGGUUUCGGUUAUGUAAACUUCGCGUCCAAAGAUGGCGUUGAACUCGCGCUGGCAUUGACAGAAGAAGAUCUGACUAUAAAAAACAGGAUAAUGAGGGUCAAGCGAUGCACGCAAAACCCGAAUAGUGGCAAGAAAGGGUUCAAUGAUCGUGGAAAAGGACAAAAUGGGCCUAAUAUGCGCGGAAAUGGUCCUAAUGGGCGCGGAAAUGGACCAGUUGGGCGUGGAAAUGGGCCCAAUAUGCGUGGUAACGGACCGAACGGGCGCGGAAACGGACCCAACGGGCGUGGAAACGGACCCAACGGGCGUGGAAAUUGGUCGAAUCCGCGCGGUAAUUAUGGUGAUAUGUCGAAUCCUCGACAGUUUGACAACAAUGCGAGCGGUGGGGAAGAGACCGGAGCGUUCAGACGCAUCAUGAAUAAGAGGAAAUUUCAGGAGGGAGGUGAGGGCCCUCCCAACAAGAUGGGUAGGAUCAACCAGCCGAACAGAGAGAAGAAACCAAGGAGAGAAUUCGUCGGCUUAACUAGCGAAAAGAAAAAGAAGCAAAAGUUUAACAAAGGACAGAAGAAAAAGAAAGCUUUAAGUGAAAUUCUAACGAAAUAGUGAUUCUCGUUCACAUUUAUAAUAAAUGUGCAUAAGUUAUUUUUGGAAAUAAACUUGUUAUAUAAA